AUUCUCGAUGUUUAGUAUGCUAGCGGGAAUCGCACUAUACUACUACUACUACUACUACUACUACCCUUACCGUCGACCUAGCAACCGCGACGCGCGGCGACGACGAGAUCACGUUCUCUACGGUCACGCGUACCACGGAGCGGACGACCACAUCUCACCGAGUCCGUUGCGGCAGGCUAGCGGUAUGUGGGUCUAGCCCAGCCUGCACCGUGCAUGCGGUAUUAGAUUUGGGGCCCUCCUGACGCGUGUCUUCCCGAUCCGGCGCCGCGCCCUAUUACUGCUGCCCAGCACCAACAAUGCCAUCCUUACAUAAAACUGCAACCUGCUUGAACAGUCUUCUCCACUCUAAAGGAUCUCCCUUGGCUUUAAUAAAUCUCACCUCGAGCACCUCUACUCCGCCAGUCCCCGUGGCAGCAUUCCCUUGUAGACGAAUCUUCUCGACGAGCACAUUGCCUUGCAAAAGCUGAUGCCUAGCGUCCAGAGUCUUAAUUCGUAUCGGGACAGUCUGCUCACGGCCGUCUAAAGCCGCCUGACUAGGUGGUACAGCGGGGAUAUUGAGCCUAUGCAGCGCAGACAUAAGCAUCGGAAGUAGC